GCGUCUUUCCGCCAAUCGUCGCCGAGGCGCGAGGGGGUUGUCGGGAUGGGGGCCGGAGCCAACAUGGAGCCCUCAAUGGGAUGAGGGUGAAGCUGCCGUUGCCGGCUGCUCCUGUGUUCACGUCCCAUCAUGUUGGUGCACUUAUUUCGGGUCGGAAUUCGGGGUGGCCCUGUCCCAGGCAGGCUGAUACUACCCCUCCGCUUCCAGACAUUCGCGGCCGUCAGGUGCUCUGAUGGCCGCCACAGCUCCUACCUCCUCAGGGCUGUGGCCCAGCUGCGCUCCCAACUCCGGGCUCACCUCCUUCGAGCGCCUCCAGCUCCCAGCCAAAGACCCUCUGCCUGGCGCUGGGUCGGGGGCAUCCUUCUGGGCCCCGUGCUGUUGAGUAAGUGUCCCCGCCUCUGCCUUGUGGCGCUGUGUGAGGCAGAAGAGGCCCCUCCUGCCUGCUCCAGACCUUGUGUCGGGGAUUCCCGCUUUAACUGGAAGCUCUUCUGGCAGUUUCUGCGCCCCCACCUGCUGGUCCUGGCGGCAGCCAUUGUGCUGGCACUGGGUGCGGCCCUGGUGAAUGUGCAGAUCCCCCUGCUCCUGGGGCAGCUGGUGGAGAUUGUGGCCAAGUACACAAGGGACCAUGUGGGCAGCUUCCUGACUGAGUCCCGGAAUCUCAGCACCUACCUGCUCAUCCUCUAUGGCAUUCAGGGCCUGCUGACCUUCGGGUACCUGGUAUUGCUGUCCCGCAUCGGCGAGCGCAUGGCCGUGGACAUGCGGAGGGCCCUCUUCAGCAACCUGCUUCGACAAGAUAUUGCUUUCUUCGAUGCUAAAAAGACAGGGCAGCUGGUGAGCCGACUGACAGCUGAUGUGCAAGAGUUUAAAUCAUCUUUCAAACUCGUCAUCUCCCAGGGACUGCGAAGCUGCACCCAGGUGGCUGGCUGCCUAGCGUCCCUGUCUAUGCUGUCCCCCCGCCUCACGCUGAUGCUGAUGGUGGCCACACCCAUUCUUAUGGGAGUUGGCACCCUAAUGGGCUCAGCUCUCCGAAAGUUGUCUCGCCAGUGUCAGGAGCAGAUUGCAAGGGCGACAGGCGUAGCAGAUGAGGCCCUGGGCAACGUUCGGACCGUGCGGGCCUUCGCCAUGGAGCAUCGGGAAGAGGAACGCUACGGAGCAGAGCUGGAGGGGUCCCGCUGUAAGGCAGAGGAGCUGGGCAGGGGCAUCGCCUUGUUCCAGGGGCUCUCCAACAUUGCCUUCAACUGCAUGGUCUUAGGCACUCUGUUUAUUGGGGGCUCCCUCGUGGCUGGACAGGAGCUGACAGGGGGAGACCUCAUGUCCUUCCUGGUGGCCUCCCAGACGGUACAGAGGUCCAUGGCCAACCUCUCUGUCCUGUUCGGCCAGGUGGUGCGGGGGCUCAGUGCGGGUGCCCGGGUGUUUGAGUACAUGACUCUGAGCCCGUGCAUUCCGCUGGCUGGGGGCUGCUGCAUCCCCAGAGAGCACCUGCGCGGGGCUGUCACGUUCCACAACGUCUUCUUCAGUUACCCCUGCCGCCCCGGCUUCCAGGUGCUCGAAGACUUCAGCCUCACGCUGCCCCCUGGCAAGAUCGUGGCCCUCGUGGGCCAGUCCGGCGGAGGAAAGACCACGGUGGCUUCCCUGCUCGAGCGCUUCUACGACCCCACGGCUGGCGUAGUGACCCUGGAUGGGCGGGACCUGCGAACCCUCGAUCCCUCCUGGCUCCGAGGCCAGGUCAUCGGCUUCAUCAGCCAGGAGCCAGUCCUGUUCGGAACGACGAUCAUGGAGAACAUCCGUUUUGGGAAGCUGGGUGCCUCGGAUGAAGAGGUUUACGCAGCUGCCCGGGAGGCCAAUGCCCACGAGUUCAUCACCAGCUUCCCCGAGGGCUACAACACCAUAGUCGGUGAGCGGGGUGCAACCCUGUCUGGUGGCCAGAAGCAGCGCCUAGCCAUUGCCCGUGCCCUCAUCAAGCAGCCCACGGUGCUGAUCCUGGACGAGGCAACCAGCGCACUAGACUCAGAGUCCGAGCGGGUCGUGCAGGAGGCCCUGGACCGCGCCAGCGCUGGCCGCACGGUGUUGGUCAUCGCACACCGGCUCAGCACCGUGCGUGGGGCCCACCACAUCGUCGUCAUGGCCCACGGCCAAGUCUGUGAGGUAGGAACCCAUGAAGAGCUCCUAAAGAAGGGUGGGCUCUAUGCGGAGCUCAUCCGGAGACAGGCCCUGGAUGUCCCAGCUCCCGAGAUGCCCAGAGGCCCCAGGAACCGCCACCCCAAGUCCUGAGAGCAGCUGUUUAAGGUCUGGUUGCCGCCGAGCACCCAGGACUGGGACUCGGCUCAGGGGAGCUCCCAGGGACCAAACACCCAGGAAGACCAGUGCGCUGGGGUGUGGGCUGCUGCUCCCCUGCUCACAGUGCGACCUGGGACUCUCGCUGAGCUGGAGGCGGGGAGGUCGGGACCACUCCCUCUGCCCCCCUCCCCCCGCCCCCGUUUCCCCCUCCUGCCUACCUCUCGCCUGCCAGAGCCAUGAGUCAUUAGGCUGCACAGAAGAGGCAGAGUCCCCAGCCCCCUGCUCUGUUCCCUCCCUCCCUCUGCCCAGAUCCUCCCAGCCCCUCUCAGGAACCCUGCCAAGUAUCCCCCUACCUGAUAGCCUAAAGGCUUCCGGCCCCACCUCUGUACAAAUCAGGGGUUCACACUGGGGUUCCCCAUACCCGUGCCAGGACCUCACUGUCCUAGCCUGACUCCCCUCUCUCCUCUCUGAAAGGAGAGGCCUCUCUGAGCCCUGGGGGAAGGAACCCGCCCCUUGGGCCAGCCCCUCGAACCCACAGUCCCCAUCCUGAGAACAGCUUCCCCUCCUCCCUGCUCCGUGAAUAAUGGUCCUUUUUCUAGAUUUCAUCACCCCCUCCCAUUCCCGUCCAGCGGAACAAGUGCCCCACAUGCCUCCAGCCCCUGGGAAGGGGGAGAAGGGGCAGGGCAUGCCAUGGUCUGUUCCUCAAGGAGCUUCCGGCUCACCAAGCCAUCGCAGCCCUGCCCUGGCCCCGUGCACCUCGUCUCCGUCACCCUGUGAGAUUGUGGACAGCCCCUUUACAUGCGGACACCCAGCCCUGAAGGAGACUAAGGAGCCGACAUACCCCAGGCUCCAGCCACAGGGGUCGUAUGGUGCUGGUGGUCACCAAACCUCUAGGGAGAAGUUGAUACUUUGCCCCCAGGCUGACAAAACACAAAAUCAGUUGGACAGGCAGUGCCCUGCGUCAGGGGCGGCAGUGGUGAGUAGGACCAGCAGAGCCCGCUGUAGCCGGAGGUCAGCCUGGAAGAAGCAGCAGCGGCUCGGGUGUGAGUGCAGGAGGCCCCGCAGCCUCUUCUGGGUGUGGCUUAGGAGCAGAUGCUCCUCUGGGACAAAGCACCUGAAAUGUCCCCGGGCCACAGCCACCCUGGCUUGAUACCUGCUUCCUUACGGAUCAGAGGUCACUGCCGGGGCGGCCACAGCCCAGGGGGGCAGCGCGUGGGCUGGCUCUGGGUUGCUUUGCCCCUAAACGCCCACCCAGGAGGCACAGCCCAGAGCCAGCCUCCGCUCCCAGCCAGGUCCACGGCGGCCUGCCAGACCCCUCCCAGGGAGAGAGAGCAGACAAGCUCCUGCUCCCCCAGCUCCAGCCCCAGCCCCCCAGAGACCCCUCCUGACGCCAGACUCCGGUCUCUCUGGACCUCUUCAGGGCGGCCUCUCCAAAUCCCAGCCCCCCCACCCCCCAACCCAGGGAAGUAGUGAGGUCUGUGGCGGGCCUUGAGCCGGAAGGUUGUGCGGUCAGCCUCACGCUCGCCACGUGGCCUCAGCCUCAACCUUGGCUCCGGCGACUAUUCAACGUGGGUCGUAAGCCUGGCAAUACCUCAUCCUGAGAGUUUGUUUUAAGAGUUGAAAUGGGAUGAUCUGUGGUAAAGUACUUAAAACUCCCAGUGCCACAGCCUCGGGAGCUGGUCACGUGUACAAUAAACU